AUGGGAUAUUCUGAAAAUUUGGGUGAGCUUGUGAAGCAACUUGUUGAAAAGAAAGAUGCUUACCAAAGAAAUCUUCUCUACAGAGUUAUUGAAAAUGGAAAAAAGGGAAGUGAUAAGGAAUAUUAUGAAAGAGUUCUUAUCAAAAUACUUGAUUUCUUGGUAAACGGAAAAUCACUAUUGGAAGAGGAUAUGACACAACAAACCAAUUUAUUGACAUGGGUAACACAAAAUUCUAUUCCAUUCCAUAAAUAUCCAAUUUCAGAACUUGAGAAAGGGAAAUACUAUGGAUUUCUUUCAGCAUAUAUUACAAAUGCAGAAUCAAGGCCACAAGUAUCUUAUGAGAGUGAUGAAUAUUUAUCAUUUACUGAACCAACACCCUUUAUAAUUACUGUCGAAAAUGAAAGAGAAUCAAAGGAAUCUCUAUUAUUGAAUAGAGAACGGGAAUCUGAAUUUGUGCAAAUCAAGGAAUUUGGGAAAACAGGAAGUCAAGGAAAAGUAUUCAUUUUUUAUCACAUCCAAUCCAAACGUUUAUUUGUUUUCAAAUUCUACAAAUUUGAUGAUAGUGGAUUGAGCACAACUAAAUUCGAUGAGGUAAGUAGCAAUAUUAUGAGGACUAAAAAGUCAUUAUUAUUUAAACAGUUCAAAAUGAUGGAAAAAUGCAGAUAUCACCCAAACAUUGUUACUUGUAUCAGCUUGGUAAAAAGUAAAACAAAAUUGAAAGAUUGUGACCCUGAAUGUCUAGUUAUGGAAUACAUGAAUGGAGGAACUCUUAGAGAUGAAAUUGAAAUUUUCCAUGAGAAAUUAAUUUUCGAUUAUUCUCCUUCAAAGUUUGCCAUACAUCUACUUUCAUUAAUUUCUGAUGUGACGAUUCACAUAAUGAAUGCCUUCAUUCACAUUCAUGAAAGACAUUCAAUGAUCCAUCGUGAUAUCAAACCAGAAAAUAUUCUCUUCCACUUUACCAAUGAUUUGAAAUAUUAUGUUUUAGGAGAUUUUGGAUUGGCAAGAAUUGUGGAUGCUCAAUUUUCUACGUCAUAUGGAAACGGAACUCCCAGAUAUCAAUCACCAAGCGUUUUGAAUCAUCAUUAUGGAAAGGAAGUUGAUUUCUGGAGUUUGGGCUGCACUCUUAUUGAAGUAAUAUUAAAUCCACUCACCACAAUUCACAACUAUAGAGAGUCGAGAGAUGAAAUUUUGAGAUUAUUGAAAGAAAAAUGCGAAUAUUACGAUAAUUGUCUUGCAUGUGUGGAAAACUUUGAACAUUUUAAACCAUUUUCCAUGUUCUUCAAACUCAUAAAGAAAAUGGUAGAUGAGAAAUUGAGUACAACCUUAACGGCCACCAAUAUACUGUUAGAGAAUCCAUUCCUUGUAAAGGCCAAUUUACUAACACUAAAUUAUUUUGGACAAAAUUUUCCACUCAUUAUUGAGGAGAAGGAUAUUUAUGAAUCAAUGAAGGAAAGAUUCAGAGAUUUGGACAUUCCAUUCAAUGAAGUUAUUACUACCAACAAUGCAGAGUCAUCAUCAAUCAUUAUGGAGGAAAUUGAUGAAGUGGAACAAUUGAGAAGGGAGCAUGCAAAGAUGAAAAAAAUGUUGGAACAGUUAGGAUUAAAGUUUUAA